GUGCUACAGCAGCCAAGAUUUCAUCAACAGAAGUGGACGGUGGAGGGAAUUCACUCGAAGAAUUGUGGUCCCAUUUUGCAUCUGCUGGUGGCACUAGCCAGGCACUUUCGCGCGCCUGUGCGUCUGCCCGAGCAGGUGGUGGUAAACGUAGUAGUGGUGCAGAAGCGAGACGGCGCACUCACGCACCGCACCGUGCAGGAGGAGUUGACCUCCACUUAUGGUGAUCUGGGCAUGCGCUGUGAGCGAGAUGCCUUUGACACGCUCUUCGAUCAUGCGCCUGACAAGUUGCAGGUCGUCAAGAAGUCGCUGGUGACAUUCGUGAACAAACAGCUGAACAAGGUGAACCUGGAGGUGAUUGACCUUGACUCGCAGUUUCACGACGGUGUGUUCCUGGUGCUGCUGUUGGGUCUGCUGGAGGGGUUCUUUGUGCCGCUCCACGCCUUCCAUCUCACGCCCAAGGACUUUGAGCAGAAAGUGCACAACGUCGCUUUCUCAUUCGAACUUAUGCAGGAUAUUGGGCUGGCUAAGCCCAAGGCCAGGCCUGAAGAUAUCGUCAACCUAGAUCUGAAGUCAACACUGCGUGUUCUCUACAACCUGUUCACCAAGUACAAGAAUCUAAGCUAGUUUACAAAAUCAAUGUGAAAACUGGUAAAGUGUGCUUUAAACUAAUUACUUUUAAUCAAAUUAGAAAUUAAUAUUAGAUUAUACCUGUUGAUCUAAUGCCAGAAGAGAUGCUAUUUUUAAAAUAUAUUUUUAGUGAAUGAUUAUUCUUAAGUAGAACUGGAUGUGCCAAUCACUCCUAGUGAGAUUCAUAUUUUAUCGAUUUUAAACAAUUAUUAGUAAUGAUAGCUAUAUUUAUUGUCUGAUAACUAAUUUAAAAAUGAUAGCUUGAUACAUCAUCUGUUUAUGAGAAAAUCACCAAUCUCAAUUUAUUUAUUUACAAUGCAAAUGACACUAAUUUAAAAUCAUUGGUAGAUAAAAUAAUAAGGUAGUCAUUGUGCUAUUUUUCUUCAAAAUUUUUAGGUGACAAAUUCCAAGAUAAGGUUAGAAUUUUACGUGUACAAUUUUUAUAAAAUUUUAGUCCAAAAUAAACAUGAAAACUAUAAAUUUUGAAUUUAGUUGGCUUGAAUAAAUAAAUUUAUUAGAAAUAUUCCACUCAAUUACCACUUGUAACGAAUAAUAUUGAGUUAUUUAAAGAAAAUUGGAACUAUAUUCAACAAUUUUGAACGCUAAGCGAACAUUUGAAAAUUCUUCACUCAACAUUACAAUUAGGUUGAAGGUUUAUCACCUCAAUAACAAUCAAAUAGUACAAUAAUUCUAAUAGUUCCAUGCCUUCCUAUAUAAUAAGAUAUUGCUCUAAAUGUUUCCAUUUUGAAACUAAUUUUAUCUUGAAUAUUGAAGCUUGCAUAAGGAUACAAAUUCAUUUUAAUCAGUUUCAUUACACA